AUGUCCCUCAUCCCAUCAAAACCCACAAAUAUCCAAAGCUUGCAUUCACUACAAACACCCAUAAACAACCAAAACCCAGCUCCAGCUAAUCAACACACAAACCAAACCAUCUUCAAUAAUACUUCUUUUUCACCACCCUUCACCUCUCAACACCCCCAAAUCGAUCAUAUUUGGAAACUUAAAUGCCCCCCUAAAAUUCGGCUUUUCCUGUGGAAAGCUAUGCAUGAAGGACUACCUACCUUGAACACAUUAGCACAAAGGCAUAUCACCACCACCAACAUUUGCCCACAAUGCAACAAUGCACCAGAAACAGUCAACCAUAUAUUCUUCCAGUGCACGAUGGCGACACAAGUUUGGCAACGUAUUAUCUCCUCCAACACCUCACCAAACACCCCCACCAACCACAACACCCCAAAUAACCAAAGUUCCACCUCAAGAAACCAAAAUCCCAACAGAAUUCAAACAACAAUAGGUAACAACAUACCACAUUCAACCAAGACCCUACACGGCUUUACAAUGUGGCACCUAUGGUUAGCUAGAAAUCAGGCAGUUUACAAACAACAAAGGCAAACUCCGACUCAAACAACUCAAAGUCAUACAGGUAAUGUUUAAAGAAUUCAUGUGGGCACAAACACAUCUACCACCGAUACUCCCCAACCUCCCUCAAUGCAACCAACAAACGACACACAGAGACACAACAACUAUAAUGAUAGGCUGGGAAGCACCACCGGUAGAUUCCAUUAAAAUCAAUAAGGAUGGAGCAACUAAAGGAUGUCCGGGACCGGCUGUAGAACCAGCAACGGCGAGAUACUCAUGGCAAUGGCAGCACCUCUGGGAAUCACGACUUCAACCACGGCGGAAACAUGGGGACUACUGAUAGCAGCAAGAAUCGCAGUACAACAGUGCCCAAAGGUUUGGUUUGAAAUGGAUUCAAUGGCUGUAAUACAUCUCCAACAACAACAGCCAAACAACCACCCUUGGUAUCUAAAAGGAAUGUUAUCAGAAAUAAAAACACUCAUACAACAAAUCCCACUAAUGAAGAUUCAACACGCAUACAUAGAAGCAAAUCAAGCAUCCGACGAACUGGCGAACCAACCAGUCAAAUUUCAAGCGCAGAACCCAAGCAAUCCAACAUCAAAAAUUUGGCAAAAUACAUGCCCACCUUUUCUUUUAAACAUUAUCAAUGCAGAUUCCAGGGGAACAAAAUUCCCCAAAAUUGUAACACUUUCUUGAGUUAAUGAAUCGGGUAACCUAUUCAAAAAAAAAAAAAAAAUCUUCCACAGCACCACUACCAACAUUGGACACCACCCACCCCUCAAAAACUAACAGUUCAAUUAACACUAUCUUCACCUCACUUAUCAAUCGAUUAAAACACCGCUACUACUGCCAAUUUCUUCUUCUUCCUUCUACCCCACUUCUCCAUCGAUUGAACCGCCACCAUCGCCACUUUACCAACUUCAAAAUCACUAUUCAUCAUUCGAAUAAUUUUUACUUAAUUUCGAUUUUAUGGUUCAGAGUUUUGAUUUGAUUGAAUCACUUCAGAAACUGCAACCCUAAAUUGCAAAUUGGGUGAAUAAAAUUAAAUCACUUCAGAAUUGGCGGAAGUGUCUACAAAUACUUCCAGAUUGGUUUGGUUAUUACUCUCAUCUUCUUCACUUCAGAUUAUAUUUUUUUAUCAUGGGUUUGAAAGAUAAAAAGCUGCUAAAGGGGAAAAUCAGUUUGAAUGUGGCAGCAGCAGAAGACAGGAUCACGAACUUGCCAGACUGCAUUGUUCAUCAGAUACUUUCUUUCCUUGAACUCAAGUAUAUUGUUCGCACUAGAGUAUUAUCUAAAAGUUGGGAUCGCAUUUUUAAGUCCAUCCCUACCUUAAUUUUCUAGGCUUCGGAAACAUGAAAGCCGAAAUGUUUAUGGAUACCGUGGAUAGGAUAUUGCAUCUUCAUGAUAUGUCGAACUUACAAACAUUCCAUAUAGUUUAUGAAGCAACAGAAUCCAUUUGCCUGCCCUCAUCUUUGUUCACUUGUGAAUCAUUAACUAGUUUGGAAUUAGAUAUAAUAUCCGGUAUGUAUCUUCCUGAAUCUAUGUCUCCAAGACUCAAGCGCCUUGAACUCCAUGGAGCCAAAUUUGUUGAUAAGAAUGAGAAACUCUUUUCUGAUUGCUCUGUCUUGGAAGAGUUGAUACUAGAAGAAUGUGACUGGUAUAGAGAAUUUAUUUAUCUCAGCACCUGCACUGAAAAUCUUGAAAGUUAAGGGUUUUGAUGAUAGCUAUAGAUGGGAUAACUCACAUGGUUGACAAGAUUGUUGUCUAACAAUUGAUGCACCAAAUCUAGUAUCUCUCAGCUACAAAUGCGGUCUUCCGGAGGAACCUGUCACACCUAGCUUUCAAGCAUGAAUGAUGCAAAUCUUGACUUCAACUUUGACGAACAUGUUAGCGGGUACAAAAGGGAGGUUAUACAGGAGAGAUCUUGGUGCUGCUGCAAGUAGGUUUCUUCAACUGCUUUCUCAUGUGAAGUGUCUAUCAAUUUCUGAACGAGUCCUACGGAUUUUGUCAUGUGUUAAAGAUCUCAAAAACCGUUUGCCUACAUUUCAUCGUUUGAAACAGCUGAACGUGGAACGUGAAGCAGGUACUGAUAAAGCACUAAUUGCUUUGCUCCAAUCAGCACCCAGUCUGGAGUCCGUUGUUUUUAAUGAGUUCAUUUCCAUGUAUACAAUCUACGGCUUACUAAACGGUGAUGAAGACGAGGGUGACAACCACGCGAAUGAUGAUGAUGGUUUGGAUCUUGAUAUGGUGACCAUCCAACUUCUACACCUCAAGUCAGUUUCCUUCAAGGUAUUUUCAGGUAGACCAAGAGAGAUAAGUUGGGUGAAACUAAUUUUGAAGAAUGCAGAAGUGUUGGAAACAAUGACCUUAUUCUCUUUGUCCUCACUAUUCAAAUGUGAAAAGCAAAGAAGAAUUUAAGGCAGAAUUACAAAGUCUUUUUACUGCCUCAGAAAACUAUGAGUUUCAAAUCUCUUCCGUGGGAUGUCCUCAUUAAAAUGUUAUUCAGAUGCCUUUCUGUUUCGGGUUAGAGAUUUUAGUGCAACACUUAAAACGAUUUGUUCUUUAAAUCUUUGCUGUUACAAUUUUUAGUGGGAUUCCUUUAUCAGCAACCCCUUCAGC